AUGAAGGGUUAUCGUGAAUUCAAAAGUAAUCCGAUUCGUAACUCUGAAAAAAUAAAAUUAAAGUCUAAAAAGACUGCGGGAUCUGUCUCACCUGAGGUAGAGCCGAGCAUUGGAUACUGCACGCAUCAAAAGCCGACGGCACUUUGGUCUGGAAUCUGGUCAUCCUCCAUAUCCAUUUUCGGGAGUUCGAGUUUUAUAAAUCAUCAGAAAGGUGAGUCCAAGAAUUGCUGUAGCAGCAGUUGUGGCAUAAGGAAAAGGUCAUCGGGUGGGAGGAACUAUUAUGAGGUGUGGAGAGCCACAGUGAGGCGAGUAAUGAUGAACGGUGGAUCAAUGAGGAGAAUAUUAGGGUUUAGCAGAUCAAGUGUGCUGGCUUCCAAGAGCGACAUCUGGAUUUUAGGAGUUUGCUACCAGAUUUCCAAGGAAGGCGAGGAUUCAUCUAAUCCAACCCAGAGCGAAGAUUUCGCUACAUUCGUUGAGGAUUUCUCGUCCCGGAUCCUUAUCACAUACCGUAAAGGAUUCUCGCCCAUUAUGGAUACCAAGUACACCAGCGACAUAAACUGGGGGUGCAUGAUUCGAAGCAGUCAGAUGCUUGUUGCUCAGGCAUUUCUUGUUCACAUAUUAGGGAGAUCGUGGAGGAAAUCUCCUCACAAGAAACUCGACCCACAUUACAUUGAAAUAUUGCAUCUUUUUGGGGAUGCGGAAAACUCACCUUGUUCCAUACACAAUCUUCUCCAAGUGGGAAAGGCUUACGGUCUUGCCCCUGGAUCAUGGGUCGGACCCUAUGCCAUGUGCCGCACGUGGGAAAGUUUGUUGCGGAAUAAGAGCAAGGAUAGAGAUAGUGGAAUCUUGUCCUCAGUGAUGACUUUAUAUGUGGUUUCUGGUGAUGAAGAUGGGGAAAGGGGUGGAGCUCCUGUGCUCUGCAUUGAGCAUAUAGCCCGGCACUGUUUGGAGUUUGGAGGAACCCAAGUUGGUUGGGCUCCUGUCCUUUUGAUGGUUCCUUUGGUUUUAGGACUGGAGAAAGUCAAUCCUAGGUAUCUCCCACUUUUGACUGCGACAUUCACAUUUCCACAAAGCCUCGGCAUUUUGGGCGGAAGACCUGGUGCCUCGACAUACAUAAUCGGAGUGCAAGAUGAAAAUGCAUUCUAUUUGGACCCACAUGAAGUUCAACAGGUAGUUGACAUUAAGAGAGAGAAUCUGGAUUUGGAUACUUCAUCCUACCACUGCAAUGUUGUCAGACAUAUUCCUCUUGAUUCUAUCGAUUCAUCUUUGGCAAUAGGAUUUUAUUGCAGGGACAAGAGUGACUUUGAUGAUUUUUGUGAACGCGCAUCAGAACUUAUUGAUCAAUCAAAUGGUGCCCCGUUAUUUACCAUAGCGGAGAUCUGCAGCUCCCCCAAGCAAGUCAGUAAGCAUGCUGCAUUUAGAGACAACGAUUCUUCCGAGACUCACGAUUAUGAUAAUCGGCUGGUGACUGGUGAAUCAGUGGAUUGUUCCCAGGAAGAUGACGACUGGCAGCUUCUAUGA